UUCGAUGGACACGUAGUGCGAAACAUUCAUCGAUAAUACGCCGAAGAUCGUCAUGAAAACAGAGGUUUUGUUUGGCUCUGUUCAAAAACGAAAGAAGCAUGGGCCUUUAACAGAGGAAGGGCUUAAAACUCUGGAAUCUUUAAUGGCGAGUGAACGAAAACUUCGGAGGAAAAAUUCUUUGCAGAAAUCCCAGCGAAAGGUCUCUCGAGUAAGCAGCUUUGCGAAAGACGAGGAAUUGGACAAAAUUUUGCAGGACAUCGAGGUUGCCAAUAAGUAUAACCCUUCCUCCAAGAACGCUAAAAAGCGUCCGUCAGUUGGAGACGAUGAUGGUUUACCUCCAGACGAAGAACUAGACAAGUUCUUUGUGGAUGUAGAAAAGCGGAAUGCAGAAUUGCAAGAUUUGCUUCAAGCUGUAGAAAGCAAAAGAGACGAAAGCGACGGGCAAUUGUCGAGGAUCACCUCAGCUGGAGAGCGAGGCAGUACGGAAUCAUUAGUUGAGGAACUCAUGAAAGAGUUAGACAGCGUUGAUUGUGAGAAAAAUAAUUCAAAUAGAACUAGAGAAAUGCAAAAAAGCUCAAACAAGGUAUCUAAGAAGAUGGCGAACUGCAAGCUCGAGACAAGCGCUUCAGAACAAGAACUUGAUCAAAUGCUUGCAGAACUGUUGGAGCUGUGACUAUAUGGAAGGCACUCACGUCACUCAGUGUCAAUCAAUGUUGUAACUCUUAUUCAGUUUGUAAAUAUAUAGUUCCUUUUGAUUAUCUAGAGGAAUUGAAAGGGAAGCAAACCGUCUAUGACGAAGCUUGGUCGAAUUUCAAUCAUUAAGAACUUAGCCCGUGUUUUUCUCAGUUCCUGUGCCUACAUGUUAUGGUGUAAAGUCGCUAAAAGUAUUUUUGUUGUUGUUUGAUAUUGUGCGUAUAAUUUGUGUUACUUUAGCUGAUUUAUGAUCGCUCUGCUUAGUUUGUUUCGCUGCUAUUUAUCUCGAUUAAAAACCAAACCAAAUCUCAAUGUACAAAUUUUACAAGUUACAAAAUAUAUUUCCCGAAUUUGUGUUUUUGAACAGUUUUGUUUGUGAAUGGUUUUAGCGUACAUGUGUUUGAAACAACGUUAAAACCUAUACUGGAUCAAACUUUUAAGUACUUAAAUUUCUUCGUCCUUUGUUCGAAACCGAAUAUCAAUAAAAAAAAAACUAUUAGCUAAUAUUUCUGUAAAACAACGAAUUUAACACAAAUAAAC